UGUCAGAUACGGAUGAGACUCCGAAGAUGACCUGCAUGUUUUACAUUUUUCACAAAUUUUGGGAAAUAAAAUGUAUGCUUGCUGCUCUACAGUAACUUUGGAACAGGACCUCAACAAAAAAAUGCAUAUCUGGAUGCUGCAGACGAUCGCAUUUGCUUUAACAUCACUAGUCCUUUCCUGGGCAGAAAGCAUCGAGUAUUAUGGGGAAAUCUGUGAUAAUGCGUGUCCUUGUGAGGAGAAGGACAGCAUCUUAACAGUGAGCUGCGAAAACAGAGGGAUCAUCAGCCUUUUUGAGAUCAGUCCACCAAGGUUCCCUGUUUACCACCUCCUGUUGUCUGGGAACCUUUUGAACAGGCUGUACCCAAACCAGUUUGUAAAUUACACAGGGGCUUCGAUUUUGCAUCUGGGGAGCAAUGACAUACAAGACAUCGAAACCGGGGCCUUUCAUGGUCUGAGAGGUUUAAGGAGGCUGCACUUGAACAAUAACAAGUUGGAACUUUUACGGGAUGACACUUUCCUUGGGCUAGAGAGUUUGGAAUACCUACAGGUCGAUUAUAAUUAUAUUAGCGUCAUUGAACCCAAUGCCUUCAGCAAACUGCAUUUGUUGCAGGUGCUGAUUCUCAAUGAUAACCUCCUCUCCAGUUUGCCCAACAACCUUUUCCGUUUUGUGCCCUUAACUCACCUGGACCUGAGGGGCAACCGGCUGAAGCUGUUGCCCUAUGUGGGCCUCCUGCAGCACAUGGAUAAGGUGGUGGAGCUGCAGCUGGAGGAAAACCCCUGGAAUUGCUCUUGUGAGUUGAUUGCUCUCAAGGAUUGGCUGGACAGUAUCUCUUACUCUGCUCUGGUGGGAGAUGUGGUUUGCGAGACCCCUUUCCGCUUACAUGGUCGAGACCUGGAUGAAGUCUCUAAGCAGGAGCUUUGCCCCAGGAGGCUCAUCUCUGAUUAUGAAAUGAGACCUCAGACACCACUGAGCACUACAGGGUAUUUCCACACUACCCCGGCCUCAGUCAACUCUGUGGCCACUUCUUCUUCAGCUGUUUACAAAUCUCCCUUGAAGCCUCCCAAGGGGACCCGCCAACCCAACAAGACAAGGGUGCGCCCCACCUCCCGCCUGCCCUCAAAAGACCUGGGAUACAGCAACUAUGGCCCCAGCAUUGCCUACCAGACCAAAUCCCCGGUGCCUUUGGAGUGCCCCACUGCCUGCACUUGCAACUUGCAGAUUUCUGACCUGGGCCUCAAUGUCAAUUGUCAAGAGAGGAAGAUUGAGAGCAUUUCUGAACUGCAGCCCAAGCCCUAUAAUCCUAAGAAGAUGUAUUUGACGGAGAACUACAUUGCACUGGUCCGCAGGGCAGAUUUUGUGGAUGCCACUGGGCUGGAUUUACUGCAUCUGGGCAAUAAUCGGAUCUCGGUCAUUCAGGACCGGGCUUUUGGGGAUUUAACUAACUUGCGAAGGCUGUACCUGAACGGGAACCGGAUCGAGCGGCUGAGCCCAGAGCUGUUCUAUGGGCUGCAAAGCCUGCAGUACCUCUUCCUGCAGUACAACGUCAUCCGGGAGAUAGAGGCAGGCACCUUUGAAUCUGUCCCCAACCUUCAGCUCUUGUUUUUGAACAACAAUCUGCUGAGGUCUUUGCCAGGGAACAUUUUUUCUGGUCUGUCUCUCUACAGGCUGAGCCUGCGGAGCAACCACUUCUCCUACCUGCCAGUGAGCGGGGUGCUGGACCAGCUGAAAUCCCUGCUGCAGAUCGACCUGCACGAGAACCCCUGGGACUGCACCUGCGACGUGGUGGGCAUGAAGCUGUGGCUGGAGCAGCUCAACACCGGUGUCCUGGUGGACCAGGUUAUCUGUGAGUCCCCUAAGAAGUUUGCCCAGAGCGACAUGCGGGCGGUCCGGGCGGAGCUGCUGUGCCCCGACUACUCGGACAUCGUGGUCUCCACGCCCACGCCGUCCCCGGGCCAGCUGCCGGCCAGGACCACCCCCUCCUCCUCCACCGUGCGCCUCAACGGCACGGCGGCGGCGGGCGGCUCCGCGCCCGCGGGCGGCGCCGGCGGCGGCAGCUCCUCCGUGCCGCUCUCGGUGCUGAUCCUCAGCCUGCUGCUCGUCUUCAUCAUGUCCGUCUUCGUGGCGGCGGGGCUCUUCGUCCUGGUGAUGAAGCGGCGCAAGAAGGGCCAGGGCGACCACGCCAGCGCCAACAACUCCGACGUGAGCUCCUUCAACAUGCAGUACAGCGUCUACAGCGGAGGCGGCCACCACCACCACCCCCACCUGCAGCAGCACCCGCCCCACCGCGGCGGCGGCGGCGGCGGCGGGGGCGCGGCGCUGCCCAAGGUGAAGACGCCCGCCGGCCACGUCUACGAGUACAUCCCGCACCCCCUGGGCCACAUGUGCAAAAACCCCAUCUACCGCUCCCGGGAAGGCAACUCGGGCGAGGAUUACAAAGACCUUCACGAGCUCAAGGUGACCUACAGCAGCCACCCGCUGCCCCCCGGGGGAGGCGCGCCGCCGCCGCCCGCGCCCGGCGGGGAGGAGGCGCCGGCGCGCAGCCCCGCGUACAGCGUGAGCACCAUCGAGCCGCGGGAGGAGCUGCUCUCGCCCGUGCAAGACGCCGAUCGCUUUUACAGGGGCAUUUUGGAGCCCGACAAACACUCCCCCUCCACGCUGGGUACGCCCGGCUCCACCCUCCCCGACUACCCCAAGCUCCCCGCCGCCUACACCUACUCCCCCAACUAUGACCUUAGGCGUGCCCACCAGUACUUGCACCCGGGCCCGGGGGACGCCCGGCUCCGGGAGACGGUGCUCUACAGCCCCCCGAGUACUGUCUAUGUAGAGCCCAACAGGAACGAGUACCUGGAGCUAAAAGCAAAACUAAACGCAGAGCCGGACUACCUCGAAGUGCUGGAAAAACAGACCACAUUCAGCCAGUUCUGA